AUGGUUGAUCCGAUCUAUGUUGAAGUUGCUGAUAUGUUUUUAAAGAGAUACAAAGACUAUGUGAUAAAUUUAUUCAAGGAGCCCGUUCCGCUAAAUAGGGUACAGAAGUUAUUACAGGAGAACAAAUUUGCUGGUGAAUUAUUUGACAUGUCUAAUCGAUUGUGUACCAUGUAUGAAAAUGGUACAUGGCACUCACAAGUGCUAGAAACGUUAGACCUUGACAAAAUUUAUGCAAAUGUUGAUAUGAUGCCUCUUGAGGAUGACUCACAAUACUCAGACAAUUUAGUUAAAGAAUUAUUACGAUACUUCAAGCAAGAUUUCUUUACUUGGUGCAAUAAACCGGUUUGUAAAAGUUGUGGUGCAUCUGGAGACGAUAUUAAUGGUGCUGCUAUACAGGCGCCAACUAAUGAAGAGGCAAAAUUCAACUGUGGCUCGGUAGAAGUUUAUCACUGUCAGAAAUGUAACUCAGAAGUGCGGUUUCCUAGAUAUAAUGACCCAAUUAAACUAUUAGAGACAAGGACUGGUAGAUGUGGUGAAUGGUGUAAUCUAUUUACCUUAGUCCUUAAGUCUUUUGGGCUGGAAAGCCGAUAUAUAUGGAACAGGGAAGAUCACGUAUGGUGUGAAUAUUAUUCUCCAUAUUUGAAAAGAUGGAUACAUGUUGAUUCAUGUGAACAGUCAUUUGAUGAGCCUUUUAUUUAUUCAAAGAAUUGGAAUAAGAGCAUGAGUUAUUGUAUUGGGUUUUGGAGGUACGGUGUAGUUGAUGUCAGUAAACGUUAUAUUUUGCAAAAUCAGUUACCAAGAGAUAUAAUCAAGGAAGAUGACUUACAGUUUCUGUGUCAUGCUCUCACCAAACGUCUAAGAACUGGACUAAGUGAUGAUGAAUCAUACAAAAUGUAUUGUAGGGACGACCUGGAGCAACUUGAAUUAAACCCUUCUGCUACUCCAACCAAAGAGAUGCAGAAAUUGAAGAUAUCAAAAACUGGGAAUAAGGGUAGAAUAAGUGGAUCUGCAGAAUGGAAAGAAUCGAGAGGUGAAAAUGGGAAAUGA